UGGUCUUUGCGUCAGUUCUUAACGUUUAGGUCCAACAGUUCACAGCUUAAGACAACAAACGUUUUUGCAGAGAUGAAUCAACAAAGCGCUCUAAUCGUCGCUAUCUGUGUGUUUCUCGAGCUCAUUCCUCAAGUAUCUUGCGCAAAGGAAUUAAGCGAUGUUGACAUCAUUGCUAUAGCAGUUUCAUUGGGACUAACUGCAUUUUUGGUGGUUUUCGUGGGCUGCUUUGUGUGGCGAGCAAGAAACAACCCCCCAAUCAACAAAAACAACAACAUAGCAGGACAUAAUAAUCCCGUCGCUGUCACCGAGGAUGCGCUCGGACCUGGUGAAGUUCGUGUAAUUAGCAUGAAUUCACUUCAGUAUAUUAGCAGCUCCUAAAAAGAUCUGCUCCUGCAAGAUCGACAGAAAUAUUAUGGAAGGCCUUCAACCGUGUAAUGCCAUUUACUUAUAGCGGUUGUUUUGUUAUUCAAGUGGUUCUGCACUAAAUUCAUUGCCAAGAAUUUUUAUACGCACUUACAGCAUGGAUACCGAAAGUAGAUUUAAUAACAAAAUAGUUCAGAAAGCAAUUUAGACAUAAAAAGACUGUGGUUUUGAGUCAGACACCUUGUAUCAAUGCUCUUUAUAAUUGGCUGUUUAAAGGUAUGCUUUUCGAAAAAUAAUUUGAAAAAUUUGUAUUAGAACAAUUACGUUAUUAUCUUAUAAAAAAGGUUUGAACUUGCAAUGUUGAGCGUCCGUAACAAAGCAAUAAUUGUAGAUAAGUGUCUACUCGAAGAAUUAGACAACAACGUCUUAUUGUGUUCUGUCCAGAUAGGAUGAGUAUUAAAGUACGAUAGGAAAAAAUUAAGCUGGAGAGAGUCUUAACUUUUUGUCAAGGUUGUAUUGCGUUCAAGAUUGUUUCCUGAAACACUUUAUGGAACAAUCGGAGAGGCGGAAUUUAAUUUAAAGUGCAAAACAUAAACAGAAACGUUUCGGAAACGAAAGUUUUCGGAAAGUUUUUCACUAUUACGUGUAAAAAGUCAAGAAAAAUUUUGAAGACCAAGGAUAAUCCUUAAGGGCUUGUGCGAGUUUUUCGCAUCAAAGUAUCUCCGAACAAAUUGAGAGGAAUUGAAAGAAUUUGUUUAGAUGCAGAUCUUUUCGUCUUGCGUAAGGACUAUGGAGUAACUGGUCGGCCGACGGGCAGUUCAAAACAGAUACCACAACAUCGUUUUCUAAUGACAUCGAAAAUUCACUUUGUCUGAGCUUGUCAGCUUUACAGUAAUCUAUUCAAUGACGAAGAU